AUGAUUUGCAGGCGGUGCUUAACAAGCGCUUCGUCGCUCACACGGACAAUAUCGCGGCGGGCAGCGCCCGUCAUUGUCCGAUCCUUUGCAUCGACGCCCGUACCGAGGAACGCAGCGCCCGUGGCUGCUGCACCCGCCGCAUCAUCAUCAUCAUCAGAUGCGUCGUCGAACCCAACCUUUGGCACACCGCUCGGCGAUGCACCUCCCGCCGCAGAAGACAAGCCCGCGCUGUCGGCGUGCGCCGAGGGCACCGUGCUGACGGGCCUCAACUACCUCAAGAACAAGACGGACCCCGUGGCCCUGGCCGAUGAUGCGUACCCGGCGUGGCUGUGGAGCUGUCUCGACGUCACGGUCAAGAAGAGUGAUGAUGCCGGAGCUGCUGAUGCCGAGGCCGAAUUCUCGAAAUCCAAGAAGCAGCGUAGAAUCGCCGCCAAGCGCCAGCGCUCUCUCGAAGCCAAGCUCCUGGCCGACGGCAACCUCGAGGCCCUGGCCCCCAAGAUCCCGCUGCAGCAGCAAUCGAUAAACAUGCCGGCCAACGAGGAGGGUACGGCCGAGGGCGCCCUGGCGGCGGUGGCGGCGCGCGAGGACCUCCGGAAGGCCAUGCGCAAGGAGAGAAGGUCCAAGAUCAAGGAGAGCAACUACCUGAAGAGCAUGUAA